CCAGACUGCGGCGGAUGUGGUGCUCCCAGCAGCCCUACUUCCCGCCUUGCUGACGAGAGUGCCUUCAGCCUGGACACCUUCAGGCCACGCAGUCCGCUGCUGUACCAGCAGUCCUCGGACAGCCACGGCGCGCAUCACAGUGGCAGCCAAUCCAGUGCGGCUCAGGUUCUCGAUUCCGGGAACGGUGCCGCGAGUCCUAGUGACGUUUCGGUUGUGGAAUUCAAAGUGGAAGCCGAGCAGCGGGAUGGCUCUGACGAUGCUGCCUUUCUGCGGAAGGCUGGGACCAAAACUUCUGAGGAAGCUGGCACGCACGAGGAAGCUGGCACGCACGAGGAAGCUGGCACGCACGAGGAAGCUGGCACGCACGAGGAAGCUGGCACGCACGAGGAAGCUGGCACGCACGAGGAAGCUGGCACGCACGAGGAAGCUGCCACGCAUGAGGAAGCUGGCGCGCAUGAGGAAGCUGGCACGCAUGAGGAAGCUGGCGCGCAUGAGGAAGCUGGCACGCAUGAGGAAGCUGGCACGCAUGAGGAAGCUGGCACGCAGGAGGAAGCCAGGGAUUCCCAGGCCGCCGAGAGAGCGUCGCCACCCAUACAAGGGUGCAUUCAGAGCCUCGACUUGAGUGACCUCUGCAGGACUGCGCCGGGGAUACGGCAGGAGGAGAAGUCUGCCACCUUGGAAAGUGUGCAACAGCGAGGGGUUCGGCGGUUGGAAUUCAUUUGUUGCCACGUGGACCCUGCCUGGACCCUAGAAGUGCUUCGGAGUGCCGCCCCCUCGCUAGAGGAGCUUUGCGUUUACAACGUCCGCGAGGAGCACCUUCGGACUGUGCACGCCAUGCCGCGACUGCGACGGAUGGAUCUGGGCGCGACGGAGCCCUGCGUCCUGAAGCCCUUGCUGCCCGUGCUGCCCACCCUGGAGCGCAGCAGCCUCAAGUGGCUCAGUGUCGGCGGCCUUCCGCGACGCACACUGUACUCGCUGCUCCAGGCCCACAGCGCGUCGCUGGAGGAGCUGUGGCUGGAUGCGAGCAGUAUGGGGACGAACCAGAGUCCAGUAGGAGUGCUGUUGUCGUGCGACACCCGCCUCUCGCGGCUCGUGCUGUGGAGGUCACGCAACCACAUGCGCUCUAGCUGCCCCGAGCAGCUUACCAUGUUGCGACGCAGGCUGCCGGGUGCUCUGGUGCAGUGUCAAUCGUGUGACCGGGUUCCAUGGGAAAAUCUGUAGACACGUUUCUUUUUCUUAUGAUCUGCCUUUGUACUUAAUCCC